CAGAGAAGCCUCUACGUGACCUGCGCGUCUGCUGAUCACAGCUCAGAUAACAAACGUGCUGCACUAAAUCUGACCACCACUGACAGCCUGACGCACGGGUGCCAAAGGUUCCCGCGGGAGCCACCUCUUUAUUUAUUUAUUCAUCACCACAUGUCGCAUUGAUGAAGACAGUCGCCCAUAUCUCCGCUUCCAUCGCGCGCGUCCUCUCUCUCUCAUCUCCAUAAACUCUCCGGCGCGUAAUUAUAGCUCCAGCUGUCCAAAAGUGUGCCGCACAUUACGUCCGAACGAUUGGAAAUGCGCAAUAAUUGAAUAAUGGCUGAUUACGGAGGAUUAGAUUUGUGGAGAGACAUCAGAGCUGCUUCACUUCACAUUCCGCUGGGUUUGAGUUUGAUGCUCUGCUGAUGUGAAGUGGUUUUCCUCUCACAUCCUCACUGACUUCACUCUCACUUUCACAAAUCGGAUUGAUGCGCUGGAGCAGGUUCAGUCUGCGCCACAGACCCAUGUGUUGCAUUCGUUACCAAAACCUCCCGCAAAAAAAAAACACUUGAACCCCAGGAGCCAAAUAAAUAAAUAAAUAAAUUACAUUACAUUACAUGUCAUUUAGCAGACGCUUUUAUCCAAAGCGACUUACAAUAAAUAAAUCUGCUGCCGCACUGUGCGCCGGCAUUUUGUGCCUGUGUUUGUCUCGUAUCUGUAAUCACGUCCCCGGUGUGUCCUAAAUACACUGAAGUGGGACAUUGUAUUCUUUAUCAUGUGACCCGUCAAAGAUUGGGGGGGAAAAGAAGCUUAAUAGCCUAUCAACAGAUGCGCAGACUGUCCGCAAAGACAAAACGUUUAGUGCGCAAACCUAAUUAGAAUAUGCAAAUCACGUGUUGAGUUAUAUCGGCCGUUUGGGGAGGGAAACUGUUCUGCUAACGGAAGCCGGUUGAUUGAUGAAUUAACAGAGAAAUUGGCUAAUGUGAGUUUAUAAGCUUUUCUGUAAAUAUGAUCAAUUAAAUGUUAGUUUUUAUGUAUAUUUAUUUAUAAGGACAUGAUUGUAAGACAAGAAACAGUAAGUAUAUUUACUUGAACACAUCACUGCAGGAUUAUUAAUAACAAACGUCUGUUAUUAUUCAUCAGCAGCAUCGAUUUUUUUUUCACUCGAAUAACCUCUGAUUUGUUUUGUCUGUGUCGUUUGUUUUUCACCAUAUAUUAAUGUAAAUAUCAAACCUGUCCUUCAGUGCAGUGCAGACAAACGAGCCAUGGAUUACACUGAUUUAAUUCGUGUCGAGAGAUUAAUCUGUUUGAUUUAAUCUGGGACCGUGAGUGGAUGAAGUUGCAGUGAAAGUAUAAUCUCUCGUUGCUUUUGUGCGCAUCAGUUUUAGAACCCAAACAUUCACAUGAAGGUUGCCUUAAAUUUCAUCAAAUUGAAAUAAAAAAAACUGUAAACAAAAGCAUUUUUCCCCUUAAAAUAAAACAAUAUAUGAUCAUAUAUUAUAUUAAAAUAAGUAAUCCUACUAAUUAUUACUUGUCAAUAAAAUCAAACACAACCUCAGAGAUGCAUUGACAAAAAGGUAAAAGUGUCUUUAUGUCUGUGCUUUUGUCUCAUCCCAUGGUCAGAUGUUUGCUUUGUGCUCAGAUGAAGCUCAUAACAGGCUGAGGGAAACUUGAGUGUGCUGUCUCUCCUCUGCUGUGAUUGGCUGACGCCUGUUGCCUGUUGAAUAAAAAGCAGAGCAGAGAUAAAAGAGGAGCAUCAGUGUGUCACUGCACCGGGAACUCUGCCCGUCCUCUUUUUUUCUGCAGCAGCAGCAGCACCAGCAGCAGGGUGAAAAAGUGAAUUCACUCAGUCAUGACGGGGAAGGAGGGAACUGUGCUUUCAGACUCUGAGAAUGAACAAAAAACAGCUUCUCAAAUCAGUGUGAACCACGGACUCCACCACCAUCAGCACCAACACCAUCAGCACCAGCAGCCUCCGGGCUGGAAGAUGCCCCCCACUGUGCACCGACGCACGGGCUUCGGGAUCCAGGAGCUGCUCGGCCUCAACAAGGAGCCUCCGGUGGCGGUGACACCGAGGCGGCCGCUGGAGGCUCUGCCGCACAGAGCGCACCUCCUGGCCGCGCGGUCGGCCCUCGGCCACGGAGGACUCGGGGUUGGUGUGGGUUUUCUGGGACCAGAGGGAAUACACUCGUUUUACAGUCAGCCCGCUUUUCUGGAGCAGGUGCUGUCAGAGGCGCAGAAUGUGCACCUGCAGCCGCUGCACAGAAGCGCGCACAUGGAGGCGCAGAUGGAUGCGCAGCACUCCGCCAGCUCCGAUUCCGAUGACAUGAGUCUCUCCUCCGGUGACCAGAAAUUCUCCAAAUCCUCCUCAAAUCAGAGCAAGAAAAGAAAGAAAAGACGACACAGAACCAUUUUCACAUCGUAUCAGCUGGAGGAGCUGGAGAAAUCUUUUAAUGAAGCUCACUAUCCUGAUGUUUAUGCUCGAGAAAUGCUCUCCAUGAAGACUGAGCUGCCCGAGGACAGAAUACAGGUGUGGUUUCAGAACCGCAGAGCUAAGUGGAGGAAGAAGGAGAAGUGCUGGGGUCGCAGCAGUGUGAUGGCCGAGUACGGCCUGUACGGAGCCAUGGUGCGACACUCCAUCCCUCUGCCCGACUCCAUCCUCAAGUCUGCCAAGGAAGGCGUCACAGAGUCGUACGCGCCGUGGUUACUAGGUAUGCACAAGAAGUCCGUCGACCCCUCGCACACUUCUCCAGGAACGCCCGGCUGCACCAGUCCCCACACACCAGCACAGGAUAAACCAGCGGGCAAGGUGAUGGAGGACAAGGACGAGGAACACAUGGAAGACACCGACGCCCCGAUUUCCAGAGAGGAACUGAGAGAGACCAGUAUUGCCGUCCUGCGAGCGAAGGCACAGCAACACAGCGCCAAGAUGCUCGGCAGCGUCUCGAACAGAACGAACGUCCAUGUCACGCAUAAAGAAGAACAAGAAGAAGAAGAAGCAGCAGCCGACGAUCAGGAGACAAAACAGGACACGGCAGAGGAGGAGGAGGAGGAGACGAGAGACUGAGGAGGGGACACGGGAUUCAGACUAACUUUAACCUCAGUGGAGGGCAAAAUACACAAGGUGAACUCAUACUGUAGUUUUAAAGCUGCAGUUUAAAUGUAAUCAUUAUAUAAAAAAAAGAUCCUGUUCUUCAGUUAACCUGACAGGAGACAUAAGAGGCUGUUGUUUAUUACUUGUUUCUUCUGCUAGUGGAAAUAUUUGUACAGAUAAACCACCUCAGUAACUUCAAAGGUGUGUUGUCACUCGAUGUCAAACUUCAGUUCCCAUGCAGCAUAUUAUAUCAAUACCAUUUAGAAGAUUCUUUUCUUAUCAAUAACCAGCCCUAACUGUGAGCGUCUGACGGACUGACGUGGUCACACUGAAGCUCGUAACUGUGUGUCUGCUGAGCACGACACUGACCUUUGACCUCUCCUCCACGACACAUUCUCAAUUGGGACGACGGAGACGUUAAACUGCGUCUUCUCUCAGUCCUGCUCGCUCACUAAUUGUGAUGUAAAGACUAAUAAGUAUAAUGUCCAAUCACAAAAAACGAACUGUACAAUUAUGUAAAGAUCCCGUCGAUCAUCUACGUCUGUCCUUGUAUAAAUGUAACUGUAGCUCUAUUAAAAAUUAAUAUUUAAAGUC